CACAGGUAAAGUGGGUGGGCGCUCUACCCCAGGGCCAUUAUCACCUAUUUAUAGAAAAAGGAAAAGACUUCUCUUGUCAUUCAAAUCAACAUGAAUGCCAUUAAGUAAUUUGGGGAAUGUAGCCAUGGAGAAAUGCGUCAAUGUGAGUAGAGAAUGAUUAUUUACCUAAAACUAUGGACAAACAUGCAUGAUCUGUAUGCUGGAUUAUUUUUUCUGUAGACAACUUGGAGGCAUUGUGCCGAAACACAUGAAAAAUACAUGUGACAAAACUAUCGCGGGCUUACCUGUGUCGGUUAAUAUACCUGAGAAGUAGGCUACAGAGGUGUAUACAGUGUUGACACUUACGAUGGGUAUACUCAAGUGAAAUUCAGCGCAACCAACUGAAACUAACAUCUAGAAGAGGAGGGAUACUGUGAUACUCGGUGAAUUAAAAACUUUAAUAUGCUCAACACUUUUCGUGGAAAUAUUACGUCUGGGAUGACAUGUAGAGGGCUGUAUAUAUAAGAUAUAUAUAUAUGUGUAAGUAAGUACAGAGGAAGUUCAACUCACAAGAAACAUGAGAGAAAACUGGGAAUUAUGAAACACCAGGAACUGACUUUCAUCUGCUGUGUAAGGCAGUUAAACUCUGCUGCAUAAUGCACGUCACUACUGAAUACAAAUGUGACGGCGCUGGAUUAUUUCAACAGCAGUGGUCUGAAUAUGGAGAGUAAUGAAGACUUGUGUUACUUCAUCGAUGGCAAACUUUCUACAACUUUAUAAGUCAUCUUCGUUUUUAAAUGCAGUACAGUUCACAUUUCGCAGUGGAAAAGUAACCUUGAGAAAUGGGCACAACUGGGGUGCUGAAUGAUUCGGACCUCUUUGUUAACGGCAGUGUCGCCCCAGAGGAUAUUAAUGUAUUUUCUAACAAUUACGCUGUGUGGCUUUACAACGAGAAAAUGUUCGAGGCCAAUAUGCCUGUGAUGAGUUUUCUCGUCAUCAUGUCGAUACUCGGGGUUUUCGGAAAUGGAUCCGUUGUGUAUAUCUACAGCUGUCGGUUCAGAAGGAAUACCAUGAAUUACUUCAUUCUGUUGUUGGGUAUAUCCGAUGUUAUUGGCUCGCUUACUCUGAGUUUCGAGGCAAUUGAUAGAAGAUUUCCCAUGUAUUCUGGUGAUCUGCCCGUUUUGUGUAAAAUUGUUCGUUUUGUCGGAAGUAUCGUCAAUAUUUGGUCCGUUGGAAUCUUGUUGUGUAUAGCGUUUGACCGUUACUACAAAAUCUGCCACCCGAUGAAAUCAUUUACCAUGAGUAGAGCCAAGAAGAUGGCUGCUGGAGUGGUAAUUUUGGGCUGUAUCGGUGCAUGGCCCAUCAGCAUAUUUCAUGGGCCAGAGAUGGUGCCGACCGGAAUUCCCGGUGUGUACGGUAUGGACUGUGCAGAUGAUGACAACUAUAAGGACCUGUUGGUGAGGCCAUUGUAUUUCAUUGCCCUUCUGGUAGUAAACCUUGUUGUUUUCUGUAUAAUGGUAGUUCUGUACUCAUUAUUGUAUAAAGAGAUAUGGAAAUGGAAACAUCAGAAAGUCGGAGAAGACCUUAACAGAAUCAAGUCUGUUCGAAGCAUAAGUAACGAAACUUUGGACAACAUAAAGCAUAUCCAUUUCUCAGAGGCUCAGGAUGAGGUCUUUGUUAACCAUUCAGAGAGUGUCAGAGAUUUGUCAGAGUUGAAUGGAGUAAGUCUUGGAAUACCUAUACAGCGUAAUAAUGUUUUCAAAAAGAACGGCGCUCAACACAACACACUUGAGAUUCCAAUGAUGUCAAGACACAGCUCCUCAUUAGAGUCCUGCCACAGUUUGAGCAGCAAUGGUGAUACGGACCAGAUAGAUGGAACAGAAAUGUAUAAACAGUGUGAACACAGGCCACAAUUAAACUCCCGUCACAGCGGCGACGACGGCUCUCAGUCAAGUGUACUACAGGAGGAGGGAGAUGGCGAUGAAUCCGGCUCUCAAGUACAUGGGGAGGAGGGAGGGCAUCUAAACCUUACCUUUUCCUCGACUGAAAGUGAUAAAACUGAGGUUUUUACCAAACAAAAUGGUACAAAUCAUAUUCCCAAUGGUCAUGUUCAAAACGGUCAUUUGUUUGUUACGCGUCUAACAGUACGGAAUACUCCAGAUUCUUCGGUACAAAGUACACCACGAGAGACUGAUAGUAUUAUCAGAACAAAGUCCACCAGCUUGUCCUCUUACUCGCCAAAACCUCAGAGGAACGGGUCUACAAGGAAGUUUGUCAGUGUGUCUACAGAGAGUUCCCCAAAACCGCAAAGGAACGGAUCGGCCAUUUCUCAUUUUUCGUCCAUUUCAAGUGCAUUCAGAAAGAGAAUGUCCCACAAGUCCAACAGCAGUAUGAAACAUCGAACACCAAAAUCCAGUGCCAGUCUUGCUCACAGUACGUUGUUGUUUGCUGUGAUAACUACGGCAUUCAUCCUCAGCUACGUACCAUUCUUCCUGGUCGAGUUACUGACGAGUACAGGAGCGCUGAAUAUGAACGGCAACCUUCCAAUAAGUCACAAACAGAUUCUACGAGUUUGUAACUCUUCUUUUUGUUUUAAUAUCGCAAUCAAUCCAAUUAUUUACAGUAUUCUUAACCCUGCAUUCAAAAAACAGCUCAAACUCAUCUUUGUCGGAGACAAAAGUGUUCCUCGAAAGAGAUGACACCAUCACUUUAUUGAAAAGGAACUUGAACAACAGUUCAGAUAAGUUAUACUACAGACACACUGAAAACAAAAGAGCUCAAAAAAACCCUCAAAUAUUCACUUUCAUUUCAUUUGUUCCAGUAACGAAAUAUCAAACAUUAAUUCAUAAUAACUUUUUAAAGACUGCCAGGUAAGCAUAUACGGUAUAUAUAUAUAUAUAUUUUGCAUCCAAGUAAUUCUAAAGAAUUAUAAAUUCAGGUAUGAUACUUCAUUAUUCAAAGAAAUCAUAUUCAUGUAAUAUUCAGUAAUCGUGACAUUUACACUGCUAUAACUGCACAGUCAUUUCCUCAUCCAAACAUGAAUUUUUGAAAUAUUCUUAAAUGUAACUUUUUACAACUUUGAAAACAAACUGAUUCCUAAUAACAGAUAUUAUUUUGAUAUCCAAUUUAAAUGCUUAAUUUAGCUCUAACUUUUUACAACUUUGAAAACAAACUGAUUUCUAAUAACAGAAUUUUUUUUUUGAUAUCCAAUUUAAAUGCUUAAUUUAAAUGCUUAAUUUAGCUCUAACUUCUUUGUCAGUAUUGAUAAUUUUACAAAUACACAUUUGAAUGUUAGCAUUUUUAAGUUAUGAGAUUAUUAAGUGAAGAUAAGUCUUCUAAGUAUAUAAACUAACUUCAGCUGGUUACUGUACACAAACAGAUAUCACAGCUGUGCUAUGAUUUGUUGUGUAUAUAUACUUACCUCAUAACAAACUGUUAAAAUUGUGUUGCUUCAUGGAAUGAAUCUUGCUUUGUCAACAACACAUUGGUUGAUGAAUAGCUUUUCUGGGGACAAAUUUAAUGAACUGUGAAGUUGGUCUUAUUGAAUUGGUCUCAAUACAAACCCAUGGGAUCGAUGAAAGUAAUAUUCUAUCCUUAUAUUUCAAUAAACCCACAUACUCGCGGUAUACGACCCAGACAUAUGUUUCUAAAGUUGAACAUCAGGAACGUGUACAAUUCGAUUUUACAUCUAUAUGCAAAAACUAUUAUGAAUUUUUAUGGAAGGUAGAUGAGAAAUAGCUGCGAAUGACGAAAAUGAUUUUACUCUCCAAAUUCUUAAUAAAACAUGCACAAUUAAGUCGCUUGGACAUCUGAUAAUGAGACGGGCAUAAUGCCAUACUUCUUGAGUGGAUAUUUGAGUGCAUAUUGGUAAUUAUUAUAAGGAAAUUCGGAGUCAAAUGAAGGUGUUUUUUGCGCAUAGAAUAAGUAUUGCAGUUUUCCCUUAAAUUUAAGGCUGCAAUAAUAAUUCAGAUGUCAAAUAAAAAAUAAUCUGGAUUAUUUGCAAACAAGAUUUUUUAAAUUAGAAAAUACAACGAAGUAAUAUUCAUUCACAUUUAUCAUAAAUUUCACUUUUUUGUUUUACAAAUUUUAAUUCACUUUUAUGUUACUGUUAUCUGUGAUGUUGGAAUCUAAAAUAAAGCUUGUAUUUCUGUACAUAUAGCUUAAUAUUACUGCUUUUGAAGAUUGGUAGCUUUAAUUUCAGGAGAUGAGCCUGGUCAUGUAUCAUAUAUGGUUCAUUUAUCAGUUUGGAUCUUCCAUAUCAAGGGAAAGUUUAUCUCUGAAGUAACAUUUGAAUUAUAUAUUUUUAAAAAAGAUGUAAGUAGUUCAAUGCCUAUUCCUGUCAGAUAAUAGUUCAGCUGAUAGCCCAUCUAAAUCUUGGAUGUUUUUAAGAUGAAGUCGGAACUGAGGAGUAUAUAUAACAGUUAAUAACAAUAAAUUUGUUGUUAUUUUUCUACUUCAGUACACCUGAUAAUGAUGAGCAUCAGCAUAAAUGUAAAUUAACAGUUUCAGUUUUGUCAUUCCCCAACCGACUGAAAAACUUGAUCAGUUAAUAUUGCAAUAAUGUACAAUUAGUGCUACGUAUAUUUGGUUACAAAUGUAGCAUGUAUGAUCCAUGAUACAAGCUUUUGUUUCAUAUCUUGUUGAAUUUAAAAAAUGAAAUUGUUUGAUUUUGUAUUUUUUCCCAGAACUGCAUGAACAAUUUGUUCAAACCGGCAUGUUUAAAGUUCACUGGUGGUCUGAUCCUAAAAAAAAAAAAAAAAAGUUCAAGUGUUCUUUAAAAGAGUUCAAAACUAAAUAACACACAAAAAUGAAAAUAUUUUGAUGUUAGUAAGCAACUUGCAUUUAAAUGAAGUCAAUAAUACGAGUUUGUACUCAGAGAACGUCUACACUAUAAUAGCUAACAAAAACUGUAUAAAAGAAAGUUAAAAACAAUUUCCGUGUUUCCUUGUGUGAAGCCCGAUACCCAUUAUACCCAUUUAGUUGUAUCAGGCAAUCUAUAACAUUUAAAUAGGAUUUGAAAGUGACUUGAAUUUUUAAAAAACAACAAAAACAUCCGACACACUGACUGAUGUACGUCAAAAUUCUAAAAAAAAAAAAAAAAAAAAAAUCCAUCCAACACACUUACUGAUGUACGUCAAAAUUCUAAAAACAACAAAAAAACAUCCAACACACUUUCUGAUGUACGUCAUAAUUCUAAGUUGAAAAAAAAACAUCCAACUUACAUAAUGUAGGUCAGGAUUAUAAGUUACAUUUUCUGAGACAGAUGAAUGCAUAUCGUGACUUGACACACGUAAACCUUCAUCUAAGUGAAAGUAGAUUAAAUCUAAAAAAAUCAAAUUUCUAUUUGAAUGUUAUUCACUGUAAACAAAUCUGCGUCUGAAUUAAUUUCAUACAAAUUUUACCCACUUCCUGAAGGCGUUCCUUAAACCGAUAUACAUUUUAAAGCAAACAUACGCCACCUCUUUUCUGAGAAACAGGAUGGGUGCCUUAGUCCAUAAAAAUAUUGCAGACUGAUUAUAGUUUGCAAGAUCUUUCUGAGCAUUGAUACAUUGAAAUCUGAUUUCGAAAAGUAACAUAUAUCCCUGAAAAUGGAUAUAUAUAUCAAGCACACUCUUUUGUGUUUUUUAAGUGUACUGUAUACUUAGGGUUGAAAACAGUGAUCUAAUAUGUCAGGAGUUUGAAGCAUAGAUCUGGUUGGAUAUAAUCGUGAGAUUGAUGCCGUGAACACAAAACAUCUACAGCCCAAACUGAUAUCAUCUUUCGUCACCUGUGUGCUAAUGUUUCAAUGUUGGUACCAAUAGCUCUGAUUUUUUUUUUUUUUUUAAUUUUAAUCACACAAUAUCAAUUAAUUAAACAUUAAUAUCCUUGUACAAUAUAUCAAGCAAAGCAAUUUGUAUUUCAAAAUGUGCUAUUCUUAAUAUUCAUUGAUUUAAUUAUUACGGAAAGCAUGAAUCUGAGUAUUUUGUCCCCUUAUUUUUUUGGAUGAAUGUGCGUUUGUUAAUACAUCUGUAUUUAAGAAUAUGAAAUGGAUACCCAAUGUGUAUAUAAUACACCUUUUUAACUGCAUAUAUAUUUCGUAAGUAUGUGGAUCUACAGUUACGUGCAAUGUCUAUAUCUAUAAAAUUAGUAAAGUGAUUAGACCCAUUCAAAGUGUCAUAGCGCCUUAAUUGACCAAUCAAAACGUACAAAAGAUGAUAACGGAUUUUGAUUAAAGUAAAUUAAACCACUAUGGCAGCAAGUAUUUGACAUAAUUGUGAACUUCAAUAUUAUAAUUCUAUUACUGUAUAUAAAAUUGUCACCAAUACUGACACUAUUCACCAACUUCGUAUGUAUAUGAUUACAUCUGUGGCUUGACAAUUAUGGGGCCACAUUAGGUACAAACAUUUAGAAAUAUUCCAACUAGUUUUCAUAUUUUGUUUUGUGUUUUUCUAUACAUAUUUAUUUCCGUGCAUAAAAUGCAUUUUCAUUCAGACUUAACUUUGCCAAUGUAUGCUAGUCACAAGAAAUGAUGUUAUCGCUAAAUGUCAACAACUUGGAAGUGUGAAUGGCUUGCAUGAGUCAGUGCUUAUAUACUGAUAACAAUGUGUGCUAUUGUAUGGCAGAUAAAAUAUGUGCUUGCAUGGACAGCCUUGAUGAGAUUUACGCAUUCAUAUGUUUAUUAAAAACAAAAAUACUUUAAUAUUUUAAUA